AAUCUCCAUCCUAGUCUCUUUUAUCGCUCGAGCAUGCAGAUCCCUUCUCCACCCUCUCAAACCCUAGCGGACAGUCACUGCCCAACGAUCAAUCAACAGCCCUUUACCACCGCCGUCUCUUGAUUCUUCUUCUUCUUCUUCUUCUUCUUCUUCUUCUCGAACCAACACUUCUGAUUGCAAGUUUUGAUUCUGAAACCGAUAAGUUCGUAGAUGGAGGACUGGGAGGAUGAACAAAUUCCACCUCUCCUUGCAAAGGAGCAACCUAAAAGUAAAUGGGAUGAUGAAGAUGUGGAUGAAAAUGAGGUGAAGGAAUCAUGGGAGGAUGAAGAUGAACCAGCUCCGGCAUCUGUGGAAGAACCUCCUCCUGAAAAACCAUCUAAGAAACCUGUGACAAAACCUACAGAAAAGAAAGGCAAAACUGCAAAGGAAGAGCCUCAGCCUCUAGAUCCUGUUGCUGAGAAACUUCGCCAACAAAGGUUAGUAGAAGAAGCUGAUUACAAAUCUACUACGGAACUGUUUGCUAAGAGAGGCGAUGAGAAGACACUAGAUAACUUCAUUCCCAAAUCUGAGAGUGACUUCUUGGAAUAUGCAGAACUUAUUUCACAUAAGCUUCGUCCAUAUGAGAAAAGUUUCCAUUAUAUUGGUUUACUCAAGGCAGUAAUGAGAUUGUCAAUGACUUCUUUGAAAGCAGCAGAUGCAAAAGAUGUUGCAUCUUCUGUAACUGCAAUUGCAAAUGAAAAGCUGAAGGCAGAGAAAGAAGCCAAUACUAAAAAGAAGACAGGUGGGAAGAAGAAACAGCUCCAUGUUGAUAAACCAGAUGAUGAUUUGGUGAUUGAUGCCUAUGAUGCUGUUGAUGACUAUGAUUUUAUGUGAUCUAUUUUGGAGAUAUUUUUGCUUUAGGUUUUUGCUUGUUGGAUCAUAUGGUCAUUUACACCAUGAUUGAUUUGAUGUUGUAAACCUUCUGAGAGGAUAGCAUGAAUUUUCACCUUUGUUAUCAGCUGUUUGGUUAAACCUUAAAACUACCAAAUGAGAAUGAUUUUAUAUUAUAUUCAUAUAACGGUAUUAAAAUUUGAAAUAAAAGAGUGAUUGUCUGAA